UCAUAAACCACUUAAACUCCAGGCUCACUGGCAGGGGAAACUUUAGAGUGAAGUGCAGCAUUGGUUUCUCUCGGGGAAGGGAGCCUUCUUCUCUUUUUCUUUCUGCCUCCCCUAAUACUGAGAACUGUAGCAGCACUCUCCUUUUAAUUUCUCUGUGAACUUGUGUGAAGCUCGUCAGAUUUUUCUGAGCAUGUUCAGCAGCAUUGAGAGAUGCCCUUUAACGGAGUUGUAGAAAAGAGCAGCAUAAAGCAGACAGCAGAGAUGAAGCAUGCCUUGUAGAUGGACUAAGACAGCCCUGGGAUCCUGGUAAGCACUUCAUUCCCUGCAUUCUCUGAGCACUUCACAUUAUUAACAAGUCUCUCUAAGCAAUGGAUUGUCUGUGAAGUCAAAACCAGUUUGGCUCUUCCAGAAGAUCUUGCAUCAUUAACUUAAACUCCCAAGUUGGAGUGAAAAUGGCUGUCUAGAGCAAAAUAUAUAAGAGAGAAAAAUUUUGGAGAAGAAAGUAUUGAAUCAGUUGAACAAAGCUUUGAAGCAUUACAAUCUGCAGAAAUCGUCAAGCCCUGAGAAGUCUAAUCAUGAAUUCUGGAGUUGCUAUGAAAUAUGGAAAUGAGUCCCCUGCAGAGCUGAGUGAGCUUCAUUUAGCAGCCCUGGCUUCAUUAAAGGGAGACAUUGUGGAGCUUAAUAAACGUCUACAACAAACAGAAAAGGAGCGUGACCUAUUGGAAAAGAAAUUGGCAAAAGCACAGUGCGAGCAGUCCCACCUGAUGAGAGAGCACGAGGAUGUGCAGGAGCGAACAACUCUGCGCUACGAGGAGCGGAUCACAGAGCUGCACAGCAUCAUUGCCGAGCUCAACAAGAAAAUUGAUCGGCUGCAGGGAGCGACCAUAAGGCCAAUAAUUUGGUGUCUGGGGAACAGAGGAGUUAUAUUCCUUGUGAAAACGGAAACUGAAUGGAUUCCACAGGGUUUGUAAAGCCAGCUGAAAGAAGGAAAACUGAUACCUCCUACUGUGGCUUUCUGUAAAUCCACUCUGGGAUCCACAUGUCAGUCUUGAGAAGCUGUCUGUGCAUCCCACAGAGCAAGGGUGGUGCAGUUGCUGUCCGUGCUGGGACAGGUGUGACUCACAGCGCUCCACCCUUGGCUCUGGGGACUGUUGAGUCUGGGAGCUGGAGCAGAUCAGUCCUGAGUAAAGAUGUUCAGGGACCGCAGCCCUGCUGAGGCCUCAGCAGUUACACUUUCCUCUAAAACAGGAUUUUAAUUUUGAUUUGUCUCUUUGAAACCUGCAGGUAGUAUUGAGCAGAAGCUUUACUUGUGCUGCCACAAAAUUUGGGCUGUCUUUCUGGAAGCAGAGUUUACAUUAAUUUCAUAACAGAUUAAUGUUUCCCCAAUGCUGAC